UCCAUAGAAUCAUCACAGAAAAAGUGAUUUCAGGAGGCCUCCCCGCCUUCUGUUCCCAAGGCCGACUCUGACUGAGCCUCGGAGGAGAGAAGGAAGCCAUUUCCGGGAGGCCAAAACAUCCAUCUUCCAGGGAAGGCAGAGAAAAUCCACCAAUUUGUACCCUACCCACCCUUCGGUGACUUUUCCAAGAAGCUGGGCUAAGUUCCAGUAAGAGAAAGCUCUGCAGAGUUGGGCCUAAAUGAGCACCAUCAAAAUGAAGUUAUUAAUUAUAUGCGUUUUGCUCGUUCAAAGAGAGGCUUGAGACUCAAAACUGUAGAUUCCUGCUUCCAAGACCUCAAGGAGAGCAGGCUGGUGGAGGAGACCUUCACCAUAGAUGAAGUCUCUGAAGUUCUCAGUGGAUUGCAAGCUGUGGUUCAUAGCGAGGUGGAAUCUGAGCUCAUCAACACUGCCUAUACCAAUGUGUUACUUCUGCGACAGCUGUUUGCACAAGCUGAGAAGUGGUAUCUUAAGCUACAGACAGACAUCUCUGAACUUGAAAACCGAGAAUUAUUAGAACAAGUUGCAGAAUUUGAAAAAGCAGAGAUUACAUCUUCAAACAAAAAGCCCAUCUUAGAUACCACAAAGCCAAAACUUGCUCCACUUAAUGAAGGUGGAACAGCAGAACUCCUAAACAAGGAAAUUUUAAGACUUCAAGAAGAGAAUGAGAAAUUGAAGUCAAGGUUGAAGACCAUUGAAAUACAGGCUACAAAUGCACUGGAUGAAAAGUCAAAACUAGAAAAAGCACUGCAAGAUUUACAGCUUGAUCAAGGAAAUCAAAAGGAUUUUAUAAAGGCCCAAGACUUGAGUAACUUGGAAAACACUGUUGCUGCUUUAAAGAGUGAGUUUCAGAAGACACUUAAUGACAAGACAGAAAACCAGAAGUCACUGGAGGAGAAUCUGGCGACAGCCAAGCACGACCUGCUCAGGGUUCAGGAGCAGCUGCACAUGGCUGAAAAGGAAUUAGAAAAGAAAUUUCAGCAAACAGCAGCUUAUCGAAACAUGAAAGAGAUUCUUACCAAGAAGAAUGACCAAAUCAAAGAUCUGAGGAAAAGACUGGCACAAUAUGAACCUGAAGAUUAAAACUGAAGAUUUCAUCUGGAAGCUGCCACACACAAACAUACAAGCAGUCUCACCUCAGGCAUGUAUUUUGAAGCAUUUUGUCAUAUCCCCUCUCCUUAUUUUUCUAAUAUUUAGACUUCUAAUGUUUAGAACUAGAGUUCCUAUUUUCAGCUAAUUGAAAACAGAGAAAACCUAGUGAUUCUGUCUGGUCAUCCCACAUGCCUCUCUAUUGAGUGCUCCAGAGUCUUAGCUUGCAUGCACCGAGAAUUCUUUACAGCAAAGAAGAGAUUUUUAGAGUGGGAAGAAGAGGCUUAUCCUUCUGCAUUAGUAUAAAGAGUCUAUCUUUUUAAUAAAUGUUAAAGAAGCUAACAGUGUUUGUACUUAUGCAUUCCCCAUGGGUAAAAAUAAAUAAUAGCAUUAUUAAAGAUAGUUAUUACCAAAAAAAGAUAGUUAUUACACAUAAAUAUGUUUCUUUAUUUUGAAAAGUGAAAUCUUAAUUCAUUUACUCUGAUGAUAAACUAUGAAUUCAUUGAAAAUGUGAAUUCUAUCUAUUAUGGGUAGUGUUUACCAAUUAUAAGGAAAAUUUACAGCAGUGAACAUGAACAUUCAGGUAACUUCCUUAGUCUCUCCAUCUUAAAGACCAUUUAUCAGAGGAGGUUCAGCGUUUUUUGCAGCAUAACAUUUUGUGAGUCUGUAUUACUAAUGGAUAAGUCAAAUCCAUCCUGCACUUCUACAGUUCAGAAAGUAUCUGGACUCAGAAUAAAUGUAAUAUUUAUACUUGUUUCCAGAAUGUUAUUUUACAUUUUAUGUUAAAUAAGAACACUUUUUAAAAGACAUAGUCAACAUAAAAUCACCUAUCAGACUUCAGAUUGGACUUUAUUUAUAUGGAUCUAUAAUAAUUAAUUGUAUUUUCAAGAGGUUUUACUGUAUUUGUAUUGGCCUGGUUUUCUCAGACGAUUUUGGACAAAUCAUUAGAAACUGGGCAUCAUUUCCACAGUUGUGUAAGGCAGUGACAUACUGUAAGGAGAAACAAAAUCAAGUCCAUAAAGCAAUAAUCCCUCAGAAGGAAAGUCCUUACUUUUCACAUAUUAAUAUUUAGUAAUUUUUCCUGCUUCUAAAAGUAAGAGUAUCACACCCUAAAUGAACACUGUCUACUAAGAGACAUCAUUCUACUUCCACAAAUGAAGAUUUUAUUCCAAAAAACGAGUUUACUGAUUGGAGCAUAGGGCUUGUUAUUAUUUUUAUUCAGGCUUUUAGUAAUAGCCUUGAAUGUAUUAUUUUUAUUAUAGGCUUUUUGUUAAAAUACUGAAGAAACAAAUGUUAAAGGGUAAGAUAAUUUCCCUGCAAAAGGACACAGAAGGCAGUCUUAACAAGAUGAAUGGAUCAGAGAAGGGAGAGAAGAAAAUGCAAUAACAAGCCAGCAUUUACUAUGUAUUUUCUCCUCACCUCUCUCUCCAUGUUUAGGUCAUUUACCAGUGUCUGUGCCCUUUUGGAGCUUUUGUUGAGGGCUUCAUUCUCACCCUGUAUUUCUUUAGCCCUAAAUUGACACUCUCUCCAAAAAUCCAUUGUCUGUGGACCAAGAUGUUCUAUAUAAUUCAGAAGCAGAACUCUUGGCUAAAGGGCUAGUGUGUCCUUCAGAAACCAUUCAAUUACUUUCUCCCUACACCUUUGUCAGUUUGAUACCAGUGAGGAAAAAAGGUAUGUUGAUAAGAAAUCUAUAUUGCUAGGUAAAAUUUGUACUUGUUUUCUUGAUAGCAAUUUUGAAAUAUUCUGUACAGUAUGUUCCUAUUGUUUAAUAAUAAAUUCAAAAAUAUUUUUAAAACCUUAAAACCUAACUAUGCCAAGCAUUAAGAGAAACAAAUACGAUGUUCUUUGAUGUAAAUUAACAUGAUGAUUCUUUCACAUGCAAACACAUUUUAGUGUUUCUGGUUUGUCAUUUUUGUUGUUGUUGUUAUUUAUUCUAGACCCUUAGCAAAAUGCAGUGUUAAAUUUUUAUUGUUUUUAGUAGUUUCCCAAUUUUAAGAUUUAUCCCAUUUAACUGAGAAAGCCUUUUUCAUAUAUAUAUAUAUAUAUAUAUAGAAUUUCUAAGGAUGUUCGUUUGAGCCUUGAUUAGACUUUUAAUGUGCUAAGCCAGACAGGCAGUCUGUGCAUUGGUGGCCAUCACAAUGCAGCUUUGGUUUAAUUUAAUUCAGGCCUGCUGCUGAGUUAUGCACAGACUUUUUGUUGACCAAAAUAAAGUGUAAAGGGUUUUCUUCUGUUUGACAUUUUAGUGUUCUUUUUUUCUCUUUUAUGUAUUACAUUUUUAAUCUAUAUUAAAUAAAUGUUUAAAUGAUCAUUUGCGUAUGUCUUAUAAAACUCAGCAUAAGAAAA